CGUGGCAUCACCGGACAGAGCCCUCUUCUCCCCCUCGCGGUCUCGCCCAUCACUUACUUGGCGGGAGUCGACGUGGAUAGACGUCACGGCUUGAGCCCCGACACUCCUCGCUCUCCCUCACUGUGAUUCCUCCUUGGCCACCUAUGUGAUAAAGUAUUGGCGUACCUUCCUGGAUGGUUCUGACAACACAACUAGUCACCAGACUGCGGUACACUUGUCAUACUGGAGCUGCACUCGAGUGACACAGCUGAACAUGACUUCCUCCUCAACCAUGGCAACCCACGAAGACCUGGAAGAAAUCGAUGUACAAGUGAAGGAGGUGUUCCCUGGGUGGAUUUACUGCGCCUCAGCCAAAGAGUUCUACCGCCAUGACAGUAUACUGAAGGUUGGAACUCAAAAACGUAUCUGCUACACUCUAAGAACCUGGCAUGGAAAGGACUUAAGUGAUUUAAAACAAGAUGAAGCACAUCAAGACAGACGUUGGGUAAAAGACAUAGGCAUACUAGAUUGUAAGAACAUUCUUCUUGUUCAGGGAAGUAAAGUCCUCGAGGAGGAAGGUAGAAACAUUAUCCCAGACUGUUUUAAACAUACUGUGAGUUCAGUUAGCCGUAAAUACAAUGCUCACAUGUUGAUGUUUUUCUCAGAGCAUAUAGAGGAUGAUGAUAGAGCUAGAAUGGAGACUUCUCUUUUAAAUAUACUAUAUGAAAGUUCUAAAUUUAUUGUUCCCCGAAAAAUGCUGACAAAUUUUAAACAGGCACAUGUGUAUAGCAGUGAUAAUGAUACAGUUUCCCCAGUUACCAAGACAUCUAUCAGUAAAAGUGGAGACGACUUCUGCCAUAUACUUAAGAAUUCCAAGGUUUCUGACACCCCUUACUCUGUGCGUCUCAUGAAACCCAUUAUAAUGGCUACAGGUGACCCAUUAGGAGCUGGUGUUAAAGUGACAGAAAAAGCGGUAAAUGCUGCUACAAUUACUGCCGGAAAUCAGAACUUGGAACUUCAAAACUCAAGAUUUAAGGCUGAUGAAGGUGUUAGUCAACAAACAAAUAUAAAGCAAUCAAACGUUAGCUCCAGAAGUUCUCCAAAGAGUCCAGAACUGGGACAACAAACUCAGGCUUCUGUACACCCUCAGCUGACACAGAGUAACACACCCUCAGCCAGUAGCCACCGCACAGAUGAUGUACAAGAACUGUACUCUUGGUCAACUACUGAAGAUCAUUCAUAUCCUGAUACUAUAUACAACCCAUAUUCAUUAGGUAAAGAUCCUUGUAGAAGUCUGCGAGAACCCAUGAGUGAAAAUACAGUUGGCGAUUUGCCAGAGACCAGUAGCCCAAACUCUCAGAAUAACAAUAAAAACUUACAGACAACUUCACAUAUACAUAUAGAUAAACGACAAAAUUCUGGUAAAGUAGAAGAAUAUUCCACAGUUUCCAGACUAGUGUCAAAUAAAAGUAAACUGGACGAUUAUGCACAGUCACACACCACAGCCACCAGAGCAACUUCAAGUAAACAUCUCGACAAUGAGUCUAGAAUCCUUCAACCAAUUAAAUCACUCUCAGAUAUAUGUGGUAUGACGAGGAAAUAUUUUGGUGUCGUCAGUUCCAAAGAGAAAGAAAAGGUUAUCUUCCUCGUUGGAGCUUCUGGUAGCGGGAAAACCACGCUUGUCAACUUCAUUGCCAGCUGCAUCAAAAAUGCCAAAAGUCCAUCUGAUGACUUGGUUUAUGUAGAGCCAAAUUCAAAGGAUGCAUACUUCCGUACAACAUCUAUUACUGCAUAUACAUUUUGCUUCAUGGAAAGUGAGAUUCCUAUAACUAUCAUUGAUACUCCAGGUUUACAUGACUCCUCGGGGCCACAAGUGGAUGAUCAGGUUCACUUACUUAAAACCUUCAUCGGAAAUGCUGCCUCAAACGGUCUUGAUAUCCAUGCUGUUGGUUUUGUAGCUCGGGCUCAUGAAGUGCGUCUUACCUCUUCAGAACGCCUCCUUAUGGACUAUUUGUCAACACAGUUUGGCCAGCGAGUUGCUCAUCACUUGAUCCCUUUUAUCACAUUUAUUGACAACCAGAAGGUUCCUCCAGUCGUCGAGGCAAUGAGGUCCUAUGGAAUAGAAUCCAAGUCCUUCUUAAAAUUCAAUAAUUCUAUAUUCAAUAGAAAUCCAGGGCAAGAAAUUGACGAAUUCGACAUGAUGUACUGGAAGAUUGGGAACAAGAGCUGGAAGAAGUGUGACAUGAUCUUGCGAGAGCUGUCACCUCUUUCACAGAAUGGAGCUUGCGGCAAAGCUACUAAGGAUUCUAGUCUGGAAGAGCUACGAUCCGAGGUUAUAAACUUCAUAAAGGACGAAGUGGUUCAGAACUAUGACCAUAUGUCGAAAUUUAUAUCAGAUCUGCGCCGCCUAGGUACUGAAGAGUUCGGUGUGCCUAUUGCGGAGAGGACCUCGAACACUUAUCCAGAUGAUGUAAAUUAUAAAGGAAAUGCUGACCCCUGUAAACAAAGUGAGCAUCGUCGUGUGUCCUCAGACGCUGUCUUCGGUGUUGGGAUGGAAUUAUUCCACACCCUUGGAAAUAUUUAUAAUCUGGCAAAUGUUAGUCACCAGUCAGCUUACGAAACUAAUGAAUGUCCAAAGAUUUUGUUUUGUAAAAUAUGUAGAAAAAUGCAUGAGGUGGAAAGAUUAGAACCAACAAGCUCUUUUCCUACUUUUACCAGUAAACGUACCAUCACCUUCAAAUGUAAAGAUUGUAAGUGUAAUGCUAAUGAACAUUGUUAAUUAGUCUGGUGUCCCAAAUUCAAAAAAAGGCUUAUUUUUAAAGUUGGUUUACCCCGAGAGGUAUAAAGCUACAGCAAUAUUUUCUUCUUAAAGAGGUGCUUCGUGAUUUUUUUUGCCUGGUUGUAGAUCUCUAGGUGUGUGCAUUCCCUCACAAUCAUAAUACUUUGUUUUGCAUGAUUAUUGCCAUUUUACCGAAUUUUUGCAGUAAGAGAAAAGCUAAUGCCCUUCACAUAUCGCCACCGAAUCGAUGCAGAUAUAACACGUGCAAAGUCUGCUCGUGACCGUUUGAUGCUGAGACAUACAACUACAUCAUGGUUGUCAAGUACCAGCCCUCAAACACAGAAAGAGCAUGGAGAUCAACGUCUAUCGAGGGAUGAAGACCACGUCAAGAAAAUUGCCAAGAAGCUACGGGACUUCAACCCUUUUAGAAGGAAUAACACAGAGCUGAUAGGUAUUUCGACCAAUGAUGUUGCUUCCUUCGAUAUCAAGGCUGAUUUGUUAACUGCUGUGGAGCGAGGCAAAGUCCUGGUGAAGACAUUCAUCAAGAGCCGACUUAAGCAGAACCAUAAAGAAAAUUUCUAUAAUGUCAUUCCUAAGAACAGGUCCAAAACAUUUGCAUCAAAAGAGAUCGUGACCUACUCAGACGGCUUCUCAGUGCUUCAACAAGUGGUAGAGAAAUCAAUCAUUCACUGUUGCUACAGCAUGAAUUAUCACCAAUGCCGCUUGAUCUUGCAACAUUUGAUGGAAAGCUCAGAAAACCAGAUAAGGUCCUACUCUCCCAUAUAUUAGCAAAUGCACAUGAAGUAACGGAAUUGCCAGCAACAAAUGAGCUCACCUGAGUACUCGUUGAUGGUAUGGUCUUAGUUCAAGCCUUGGGAAAGCCAUCUGAGGCUACAAAUUUUGGGGAGCUGACUGAAAUAUUCUGCAAGAAUAUUUUGAGCCACCUCCGAGGAAUAUGUAGCAGAGUUAACGUAAUAUUUUAUUUCUAUAGAAACUAUUCCACCAAACCUGACAUUCGAAUGUUGCAAAGGAAGAAAAAUGCGGAGAAUUAUCGACUCUAGAAAUGUACAAUUCCCAACAACAUGGCACAAUUUCGUAAACCUCGAUGACAAUAAAACCAAUCUCAUUCUAUUUCUUACCAAAGAGCUUCCGGUCCAUGCCGAAAAUCUCCCUGUGGAUCAGGAGCUUGUUGUUGGGGGUGUGAAAACUCUGAAACUGUUGUGUUAUCAUCAGUGCCCAGGAAGAGGCAGACACUAGGUUGGUCCUUCAUGGACUAGAUGCUGCUCAAAACAAUUAUCAUAGACUUGCUGUUUAUAGUAGGGACAAGGAUGUGUUGGUACCUUUUACUCACCACGUUAAGAGGUGUGGAUGCAAGCUGGUACAACAAGUAACCCUAGGUUUAUUCUGGUGCAUGAAGUAACGCAGUCACUCUUCCCAGUUCUUGUUGCCAACUUGCCAGCAUUCCCUGCAGUCACUGGGUGUGACACUACUAGUCAAUUUAGUGGUCAUGGAAAGACGUUAGCUUGGACAACUUAUACCUCCCAUCUACAUCUUUUUGACUCACUUGGCGAUAAUUCUGAGGUAUUUGUGAUCAAGCUGUAUGAUCCAACCUCACACGCAACAUCAGUGAAUGAACUUCGAGCUGAAAUGUUUCAUCAUGUGGACAACCCAGAGAAAUUUCCCCCCAAAACGAUUCUUUAGAACUACACUUGAGACGAUGUCAACACCAAAUUCAGUGGCUGCCAAGCCAGAUACCACAAACCCAGAAGAAUCUGGGUGGUAAAUGGGUCCCAGCAACACUUUAGUACCCACACUGAUGCAUUUAGAUCCAGUAUCAACAGUUUGCUCAGAGUUGUUAACAUGUGGUUGUAAGAUUGCAAAAUGCACCUCAGGAUGAUGCACAUGCAAUAAAAACCAGUCACCAUGCUCUCUUACCUGUGGGUGCAGGAGAGACUGUAACAAUCCAUAUAAUCCAUCUUUUUCUGACAGUGAAGAAGAGGAUUCAGAUGAUGAAUGAUUGACAUCAAGGAAUGUCCUCAUGGUAGAUAACUUGCCCACAUACAUUUGAUGCUUUGUUUAUAAAUCUAAGAUGGCGGAGAAGGAUAGAUUGUAUGAUCACUUAUCAAUGGUGUGAUUGCUCAUAAAUAUCACUUUAUAUGACUGUGUGAAAUAACAGUAUUUUUAUAAUUUGCUUGCAAUUGUGUUGGGAUUGAUUGAUGUAAGGUGUCAUAAAGAUUUUAUGAAUUUAUGACCAGUUAAAUUAAUAAAGAAACAGUUUCACAGUUCUUCCGAGUUGAAUCCAACAAGACUCACUCUCAAAACAUGUUGUUUAGCUCGUCUAUGUAAGUGUGUGAACAUUAGCUACAUCCAGACAUCUUGUACACUAGAUGUACAUUUUUUGUAACUUCAGUUAAUAUUACUGAUUUUAGAAAAUAUUUUCGGUCCAUAUUAAGAAUAUUUUGCACUUAUCUGUCAGUGUGUGCACAAAAAUACUGGAAUAAUGUAGAAUACUAUUUCAAUUAUUUUGUCAUUUGUCUUUACAGUUGAGCUUUUACUUCUGCUCUUGAUUUUCUGUAGCUAUAGAUUUUCUUGUCUUAUAUUCCUUACUAUAAUUAUUGUUCUCUUUCCACUGUAAAGUCCUUCAUAUUAUUGUUAUUCCCGCACUUUUCAUAAGAUGAUAGGUCACUAUUUAUGUGGGAAAUAUUGCAUAUCCAACAAUUAGUGUUAUAUACUGUACUUGUUCAGCGAGCAGCGUCCUGGAUGGUGCAGUUUGCUAUAACGUUAUUACUACACUUAAAAAAAAACGAAGGUCUUUAAGCGCGUAACAAGGUUAGUAAUACACGAGUCCAACUUUAAAUUAUUGUGGGAGAUAGAACUCUUGGAUGGUGUCAGUCUAGCACCUUUGCUCGUGUGUGCCAUCUAAUUGUGGGAGAUAAUUAAUUUAUGGUAAAAUAAUCGUUGUACAACUUACACAGUAUAAUAAUUUCGACUUGAGGUAUGGUUUUAAUUCCAAUUACACUUAAGUGUUUACCUUGUCAGCAAUUUUCACAAGCAAUUGUUGUAUGAAAGUCUUUCCUGUAAUUAUCUGGAAAUAAAAACAGCGAGGUAUAUAA